AUGACUCUCAGCGAAGACGUCGAGAGAGACGAUGGCAAGCCUCCAGGCACUGGAUACCCAACCGUCGGCGCACCUGACGCUGAAGGAACAGAUUUGGAACUUCCAGAUGGCAAGGUCCCCAUGGGCAGAGGCCUAGGUGACCGGCCUCUCGGCAAGCGUGGCUCAGAUAUCAAUGACUGGAACAACGAACCAGGCGAAAAGGAGACUCUCGGUCGCUCCGAACCUUGUUCGAAUAGCGGCGAAAAUAACACCAAGACGGCCUCGAACACGGAUGCCAAAGUCGAGGAUUCGGGAAGCGCGUCUGUCAAUUGCCUCCAACUUUAG